GGCGUUGACAGCUGUGAGGGUCACCGCGGGUCGCGAGGGUCCGCGGCGGCAGGCGGCCUCUCCUGCCUCUCUGUGGGCAGCCAGGCCCGGCCCAGCGCGGGCUGCGGGGCCGCGAGAAGGAGGGGAAGCUCGGGCGCCUGCCAGGCUCUGCAGGUGGUCGGGUCGCAGGCCGGCCGCGGGAGCAGAGCGGUAACCUUACUCCCUGGCGACAGCAGCUGGUCGGUUUCUCGAGGCCGGGGUUUCCCGUGGCCGAAGGGGCUGGUUUUCGGGCAGCCAAGGCCUCCAGGCGGCGCGUCUCGGGCCGGGGUCCGUGAGGAGUGGCGGAUAUGGCUCGUGGACAGCAGAAGAUUCAGUCUCAGCAGAAAAAUGCCAAAAAGCAAGCUGGACAAAAGAAGAAACAAGGACACGACCAAAAGGCUGCUGCCAAAGCUGCCUUAAUAUAUACCUGCACUGUCUGUAGGACACAAAUGCCAGACCCUAAGACCUUCAAGCAGCACUUUGAGAGCAAGCAUCCUAAGACUCCACUUCCUCCAGAAUUGGCUGAUGUUCAGGCAUAAAGUUGUUUACAGGUGAAUUCAUGACACCUUUGACUCUUCUACUGUCUCAGACCUUAGGUAACAAACCUGCACCUGCUUUUCUAACAAACUGUUGAUCAGCAAAAAUAAAGGGGCUACAGAAACACUCAUUUUUAUGCUGUUCCCUUUUGGGCUUCAUGCAAAGACAAUUCUGUGUAAAUGUACAGUUAACUCUGAUUUGGAAAUCUGAAAAUCAGUCCAUUCUUGUUAUAAAAAUUUUUUUACAAUUGUAAUUAUAUUGAUGUUCAUAUUGUGUAAAAUAACUCAUUUAAUAAAGUAGUACUUUGAUUUUACAACAUCACAGGAUAAAUGGUUCUAGAAAUUCUGUUCUAACUUUCUACAUUAUUUGCCUUAAAAAAUCUUAUGAAUUCAUUAGCUAGAAUUGCAUAUGCAAUUCUUACCCCAUUUCUCAGCUCAGUGGCAGAUUCAUUAGUUAAACUAGAGUAGGCUCAUUCAUUAAAUUUGUGUACAUACUUAAUAUUGGCAGCUGAUGAUCAAGGUGAAAAAUGACUUAUCUGCUGCCUUGGUAUAUUGCAAUUAUAUGUCACUUCCCCCUUUGCUCGUUUCUUGUGUUUGAGGUUGGGAAAAUUCUAUAUGACCUGGCUAGAGUUGCCAGCCAGGUGUAUCCUGCAAAUAAUGCAUAAAUUCCUGAAGUGGUUGGAUUGUCAGUGGGCCCUGCUAAAAAAUUAGACUCUGAAGUGUAUGCCCUAAUGAAGUCAUUAAACUUAUUGUUUAAUGUAAAAUAUAGAUGGAACAAAUGUGAACUGGUCAAGAGCUAUCUUUUAUAAAUUAUACCUGAUUUGUUGAAAUUUAUUCAAGUUCUUUAAUUUGAAAUUGAGACUCUUGAUUUUCUAAGGAGUUUUUGGAAGUUAAUGAUUUGGCCAGUUUUAUGAAUGAAUUUUGCAUUAAUAGGGAGAUUGGCAUGACUUGUGGCUAGGUUAAUUCCCAGAACCCUCUUACUCCCUUCUUUUGUGAGUUGUUGAUUUUAGGAGUCUACUUUGUUCUGGUUCCUAAAAUCAAAGACUAUAGGUACAGUAUAACCUCAGUCUGAGCUAGAAAAGUAUUAAAAUAAGCCAGUGUCCACAUUCUUUUUGGAUAGAAAGAUGGUGAAAUAGGUUGGUUGGGAUGAGAAAGGGUAAAUCCUACCAAAUUAAGUAGUAUUAAUUUUAGGGGUCUUCUAAUUUGCUUUUGUCAACUAUUAACUCUUGCACAAGUGAAACUGCUGUAACUGAGGUUUGCUUUCAAAUCAGUUUAAAUUUUAAAGUUAACAUAUAGGAAGAACACUCAAGUAUUAACUGGUAAUUGCUUAGAGCUGCCAUCCUGAUCCUGUGGAUUACAGAAUACAUUCACUCUUUCUGCUGUAGCUCAUCACUGCAUUUGAGUUUUGUAGCUGUGCAUAUGUUGCCUACCUUGUUUGUCUUCACUGUAAGUUUAAAAUACGGUAUUUCCAAGGAAAAGCUCCAGUGGUGAUAGUUUCUUGGCAACUCCCAUUUUUAUACCCUAACUUUCAAAUACAUUCCUUUUGUUUCAUGUAUUAAAUUUCCUAAGUUUCAGAUUUAAUAUUGUUGUUUCUUAAUAUGUUAGUUACCAGAACUUCACAAUUUUGCCUAAUUUCUUGUGGGUAUUAGAGAAGUUCUGGUUAGCUUAGAUUUUAAGUUUUCAAAAGUACUCUUUUUUAAGUUUAUUAACAAAUCAUUUCAAAACCAUUAACAAGUUUUGGAUUCUUUUUUUGUUUUGUUUUGUUUUACUAAUUCAGAAUAAAAAUUUUUUGUUCUUGUAUUUUACCCUUUUUUUAAUAAGCAGCUGAAGACAUACUUAACUAUGUAUCUCAGUCAUAGGGAAAUAGUUGCACUUAUCUUGCAUAAGAUGUUAAUUCUUAUACUUCAUGUGGGAAUUGUUAGUAUAAUCUCCUUUUACUGUGUUUGAGUUAAAUCUGCUAUAAAGAGAAAAUAAAAUUUAUAAAUAUCCUCAUUUAAUUUGAAGAUUCUUUAACAGAUCACAACAAAGUUUGUUAUUAAACUGUUACGGUGUCUUCAAAGAUUUGAUAAAACACACAGAAUUGGUCCAUUUAUAUUCUGUAUUUCCAUUAGUUGCCAAAAAGGGGGGUUAAGAUUGAACUUGUUUCCAUUCUCUUCAUAAGGAUCUCCAUCCCCAUGACAGACUGGGGCUCAGAUGUGUGCUGUAAUGUAUUAUUAAAGAAGAUAUUAAAGUAAA